UCCAGAAUAGACCGGAGGAAACUGGUUUGGCCUAAUCGACCAACGCUUUAUCGACAUUGUCUCAACAGAGCAAUUCUGAAGAGGGUCGACUGUCUGAUUUUUUCCUUGCUUACCUAGCUCUCUGUUGUUGAACGAGAUUGCCAAUCAGCUCAUCAGACGUGUCGAUCUAACAGCAAGUUAUUGCUGAAUGCUGGCAUGGAAUUAUCUUUGUACGUACUUCUGCUCACUCUUUUCAUUGCACAUUACAAGUUAAGCAAAAGCUCAUCUAACAUUCCAAACCCAAGAAACGAAGUAAAACAACUUCCACUUGACAAUAUCUUGCCUACAACCUUUGCAAGCAAAGCUACUGAAACAUUUGGAGUUUAUAACAGCAAUUGUCAGUAUUUUAAUAAGAUUGGACGCUUUAGUUCUUGGACCUGUAAUGCUCCGCAAUUGACGUUCAGUACAUCUGCAUUAUUAAUGAUUAAACCGUCGAUGACAAUCCUGAAAGAUCGUUACAGAAUACUGGUAUUUGGAGAAAUAUCUAAAAGAAAAAUUGGUGACGCGAUUUCAGGUGAUGGAAAUUCAUAUCAAACGUGGAUUUAUUACAAAGAAACAAACUCUUGGAAAAUGAUUGCUAGUGAUGCGAACGGGCCACCGUGGAUGAACAGGUUACGUCUGGUGACAAUUUGCAGUUCACGCGCAAUCAUUCUGUCUUCUGAUACUAUCAACAGCACUUGGAUAUUUUUGUUCCAACAACUGAAAUGGAAGCGAGUCGCUAUUUUGGGCGAUGCGCCAAUUUGGCCGGAUAUUCGUUAUGAUAUUUACGCGGUGGCCGUAGAAAGUGAGAAUUCUUUGUGCUCCUGUAGUCAGGAUGUUUUUAUUUUCUAUCCUAGUGAAUAUAGAAAUCAUAUUUUGAGUUACAGACUGAGAUGUGUGAUAGAACAGACAACAUAUCGUUGGGAGAAAGUAGGGAACUACACAUUUCCGUUCUUUCGUAGAUUAAACUUAGUUGGUGGUUGGUCAGGAAAGACAACAGUAUUGGCUACGGUUGACGAAUGCAUUUGGAAAUAUUCCGUAAAGAAAUCAAUUUGGAAUAAAACGGAACUCUGCUUUCAAAGUAAACUUAUGGGAAUGGUUCAGGCGGACGUUAUAUUUGUUAAUGAUACCAGAGAGAUUGUUUAUAUAAGUAUUAGUAAUCGUUAUGUUAAUAGGUUGUCUGUCUCUAAUGGGGUCGCUUUUAAAGAAAGGGUACAGAAAAGUGAUCUCCAAGACUUAGUGUCUUCGUUUCUAGAUGGACUGAAUGAUCCAAGUUAUGUUUUACGAUUUGCCAGUCAGGGUAUUAGAUAUGACAUCCCUUGGUACGAUGGAAUUUGUGGCUCAAAUGGUUGGAGUAUGCAGAGACUCAAUGUAACGGGAGAACUGGAGUGGCAUGUUACUAGAAUGGACGAUACUCUUCUAAUUCCAUCGGAUUACGGAUUUCAGUCUUUGUGGAGAGAUACAUAUUAUCGGAUUGCCUUUUCGUCCAACAAUGUAAAGUCUGCGCCACCAGUCAUGUGGUCGAUGAACUUAAGCACAAAGCGCUGGCAAGUGGAGGGAUAUCUCAACGUUACAGGAAUAAAUAUACUCAGAGAAAUGAUGACGUCAGAUGCUGUAAGUAUGCACAUGCAGGAAAAUGUGUGGCUGGUUGUGUCACGUAGGUACACAAUGGUAAUCAAGUCAAGAGAUCACAUACGACUAAUGUCCAGUCCUAGGCCUUUUAGAAUUGACUUUACAGUCGUCUCUAUCAACUCGACGUCAGCUUUGUUGUUUGGAGGAUAUGGUUGGACAAAACAAGAUUUCCAAUGUUAUAAUGAUCUUUGGCAUUUUUCUCUUACACGUAGAAUUUGGAAGAAAGUAAAAAUGAUCAAGAAUAGUGUGUUCGGAUUCGGAUCCGGACUUAAUACUAACGAGUAUACAGAGAGCGUCCCCUCGCCUCGAUAUAAUCAUGCUGCUGCAGUUAUAGAAUUCGAAAUGUAUGUUUUUGGCGGAUAUGACUACUAUUCUGAAGUGAAAUUAGAAUUGUGGAGAUAUAACAUGAUUAACAAUUCGUGGAGAUAUUUAGAACCGACCAAUAAACUUUCAUAUUCCAGUGAAUAUCUUUGCCAUUUUUCUGCGACAGCUCAAAAUGAAAUGCUGUGGAUUGCGUCUAAGUGUCCUUUGUUCUUUAGAAAUAACAUUUUCGACGGAAAUUUCCAAUUGUGGAUGUUUAUUGUUCAUUUGAAUACUUGGAGUUUCGUGGCAUUUGAAAAACUAACAAAUUUGCCGCACAAGUUUCUCUCUUCAUCACUGGAUUUCUGGCGAGGAUAUUUGCAAAGUUUAGCGCCUUCCAGUUUACUUUACAUAAAGGCUGGAUGUCCUGAUGGGUUAGGGUCGAGCAACAUUUCUCGUUUUCCAUGCGACAUCUGCAAAGUAGGUUUUUACUCUGAUGCAGAGACGAAAAAAUGCCACAAAUGUCCAAACGGAACGACGACAAGACAAGAGCGUUCAUCACAGCUGACCGACUGCAACCUUUGUGUCACAGGUUACUGUCGUCAUGGAAGAUGCUUGGUGGUGAGUAACAGCUUAACGCAAGUUCCAGUAUGUGCGUGCACUUUCGGCUUCACCGGAUCUCACUGUGAAGACGCAACUUAUUAUUACAUUGGAACGGGAGUUAUUCUUGUUAUAGGUAUUAUUACUAUACUCGUUGUGGUAUUGCGGCGUAUCACCAAAACACGAAGAGAACGAGAAACGUCUUUCCGUCGUCACAUACAAAUUUUGAAUGAUGCGUGGCAGAUCAGUUGGCAAGAAAUAGAACUGCAGGACGAAAUAGGAGGAGGAGCUUCGGGAAAAGUGUGGAAAGCGCAAUACCGUAACAUAGACGUUGCUGUGAAAAUGCUGAUUAACAAUGAUGAAUCACAAUCGUCGUUGGAAUUUACAGCAGAAAUCAAAUUUAUGCAAACAAUGCGUCAUCGUAAUAUUGUACUUUUCAUCGGAGCCGGUAAAACAAGUCCACAAGCACAACCGUUUCUUGUCGCCGAGUUUGCUCAUCGAGGUUCUUUACGUCACGUACUGGAUGACGUCAGUAUUGAAAUAGAUCAAAAUCGUAAAAUAGAUUUUGCUCUAGACGCUUCGAAAGGAAUGGAAUUUCUUCACAAAUUGGACCCACCGAGAAUUCAUCGAGAUUUGAAGAGUGAGAAUUUACUCGUUUGCAAAAGUUGGAUUGUCAAAGUGGCUGAUUUUGGUCUUGGAAGACUCUUCGGUAGUGCACAAGAAAACCGACAAUCAAAGCGAAACAAUUCAUUCAGCGACAAUAAUUCAACAACUGAACUAGUUGAGAUGAGAGAUUUGUCUGAAGAUGGUAUUGGGACAGUGAGAUGGAGUGCACCAGAGUUAGCACGUCGAGAGCGCUACGAUGGAUCAAUCGAUGUCUACAGUUUUGGAAUUGUGCUUUGGGAGAUUUGGUCACGUGGUUUUCCUUUCGAGCAGUAUCGGUUUGCUCACCAAGUAGACGAUGCCGUGGAAAGAGGUGAGCGUCCUGUCGUUCAAGACGAUUGCCCGGAGAGAUAUGCAACCGUAAUGCAAGCUUGCUGGGCAGAAAGAGCUUGGAAACGACCCUCGUUUAGCGAAGUUGUCAGCUCUCUGGAAAACAUGCAUGUGGAAGAUGCUUGCUAGAGUGACUACACGACAGUUUGAAUUUGGUCAUUUGCUAGUUUAGAUAUUGACACGUAAGUUUAGCUGUUAAUUAGAGGCAUAGAAGAUUAGAUUGCUGGCAUACGAUAUUAUAGAAUUAGGAGUUUUAGUCGUAAAUAUUAUUAGGAGAGAGUUGUUGUUUAGCCAAAUAAACACGGAUAUU